AUAUUCAAUGAGCUGGGGAGCAGCUGGAGUCAGUGGCAGGGCUGUGAUUGGGAGGACUGGGUGUGCUGGACUGGUACUGUAGACACCAUGGCUGCUGAGAUCUCCACCUCCAUAAACAUCAAAGAGCCUCGCUGGGAUCAGGGAACCUUCAUAGGCCGAGCGAAGCAUUUCUUCACCGUCACAGACCCCCGCAACAUCCUCCUGACCAAUGAACAGCUGGAGAAAGCACACAGGAUCAUUCAGGAUUACAGAAAGGGGGUGGUGUCUCCAGGUCUGACGGAAGAUGAACUCUGGAGGGCGAAGUAUAUUUUUGACUCUGCGUUCCACCCGGACACAGGGGAGAAGAUGCUGGUGAUCGGCCGCAUGUCUGCUCAGGUCCCCAUGAACAUGACCAUCACUGGCUGCAUGAUGACCUUCUACAGGACAACCCCAGCUGUUCUGUUCUGGCAGUGGAUCAAUCAGUCCUUCAAUGCAAUAGUCAAUUACACAAACCGUAGUGGGGACGCUCCCAUUACAGUAAAUCAGCUCUGCACAGCGUACGUAUCAGCCACGACAGGAGCUGUGGCCACAGCUUUAGGACUGAACGCUCUAGCAAAGCAUGUCUCUCCACUUCUGGGCCGCUUUGUGCCAUUUGCUGCUGUAGCUGCUGCUAACUGUAUCAAUAUUCCUCUGAUGAGGCAAAGGGAGCUGAAGCACGGUAUUCCAGUAACAGAUGAGAAUGAUAAUCGGUUAGGAGAGUCGACGAACGCAGCACAACAGGCUAUCUCACAAGUGGUCAUCUCCAGAAUCCUCAUGGCCUCUCCUGGAAUGGCUAUUCCUCCGUUUUUAAUGAACUCAUUGGAAAAGAAAGCGUUCCUGAAGAGGUUCCCAUGGAUGAGUGCACCCAUUCAAGUCGGCUUGGUGGGAUUUUGUUUGGUGUUUGCCACUCCACUGUGCUGUGCACUGUUCCCACAGAAGAGCUCCAUGGCCCUGAGCCGCCUGGAGCCCGAGCUUCAGGAGAAGAUCCGUGCCAGUCAUCCAGGAGUGGAGAGAGUCUACUUCAAUAAAGGACUAUGAGAGGAAAAGCCCC